UUUCCAGAUAUACUAGUAGCUGACAUGACAUCAACAGACGGCAUGCAGGGUUUGGAUGACGUCAGGAGAGGAGCAGCAGGGGGUUCUGCCGACAGUGUUCUCACCUGGCAAGGAGACAGACGUGAGGAGUCUGGGGAGGAGUCCGGUAGGAGAGACAAAGGUGUGAAAGUGUACAGGUGUAAGGAGUGCAGCAAGGAGUUCAGUCAGCUGAGUAAUCUGAAGAGGCACAUACGGACUCACACAGGGGAGAAACCCUACAGGUGUGAGGAGUGCAGCAGACAGUUCAGUCAGCUGGGUCAUCUAAAGAGUCACAUGCGGGCUCACACAGGACAGAAACCCCACAGGUGUGAGGAGUGCAGCAAGCAGUUCAGCCAGCCUUGUAGUCUGAAGACUCACAUGAGGACUCACACAGGGGAGAAACCUUACAGGUGUGAGGAGUGCAGCAGGCAGUUUAGUAAGCACAGUAAUCUGAAGACACACAUGCGCACUCACACAGGGGAGAAACCCUACAGGUGUGAGGAGUGCACCAAGCAGUUCAGUCAAGUUGGUGAUCUGAAGAAACACAUGCGGACUCACACAGGGGAGAAACCCUACAGAUGUGAGGAAUGCAGCAGGCAGUUCAGUCAGCUGGUUGGUCUGAAGAAACAUAUGCGAACUCAUACGGGGGAAAAGCCCUACAGGUGUGAGAAGUGCAGCAUGCAAUGCAGUCAUCUGAGUGAUCUCAGGAAACACAUGCGCACUCAUACUGGUGAGAAACCUUACAAAUGCGAGAAUUGUGGCAAGCAGUUUGGUCGAAUGGAUGUUCUGAAGAAACACAUGCGGACUCACACAGGGGAGAAACCCUAUAGGUGUGAGGAGUGCAGCAGGCAGUUCAAUCAGUUGGCUACUCUGAAAACUCAUAUGCGCACUCACACAGGUGAGAAACCCUACAGGUGUGAGGAGUGCAACAGGCAGUUUAGUCAGCUGGGCAAUCUGAAGACUCACAUGCGCACUCACACAGGGGAGAAAACCUACACAUGUGAGGAAUGCAGCAGGCAGUUCAGUCAGCUAAGUCAUCUGAAGAGGCACAUGGAGACUCACUAUGGACAAACUGAUGGUGCAAGGGAGGAAGCAGGCGGUUCAGUGAAAACCAACUGUCCGAGCAGAGAAGUUGAUCCAGAUAUUGUUGACAUGGCAACAACAGACAGCAUGCAGGGUGUGGAUGGCAUCAGGGGUGGAGCAGCAGGGGGUUCUACCGACAGUGUUCUCACCUGGCAAGGAGACAGACGUGAGGAGUCUGGGGAGAAGUCCGGUAGGAGAGACAAGGGUCUGAAGAGGCACAUGCGCACUCACACAGGGGAGAAAUCCUACAGGUGUGACGAGUGCAGCAGGCAGUUCAGUCAGCUUGGUGAUCUGAAGACACACUUGCGCACUCACACAGGGGAGAAGCCUUACAGGUGUGAGGAGUGCAGCAGGCAGUUCAGUAGGCUGGGUCAUCUGAAGAGUCACAUGCGCACUCACACAGGGGAGAAACCCUACAUGUGUGAGGAGUGCAGCAGGCAAUUCAGUAGGCUGGAUAGUCUGAAGAGUCACAUACGGACUCACACCGGAGAG